AUGGGAAGCAACCAGUCAUGGGUCACAGAAUUCAUCUUGGUGGGACUCCAGCUCGGUGCAGAGAUGGAAGUAUUCCUCUUCUGGAUCUUCUCCCUGUUCUACAUCUGCAGUCUGUUGGCAAAUAGCAUGAUCUUUGGACUCAUCUGUCUGGACCUGAGACUGCACACCCCCAUGUACUUCUUCCUCUCACACCUGGCUGUCAUUGACAUGUCCUAUGCAUCCAAUAAUGUCCCCAAGAUGUUGGCAAACUUAGUGACUCAGAAGAGAACCAUCUCCUUUGUCCCAUGCAUAAUGCAGACAUUUUUGUAUUUGGGUUUUGCUGCUACAGAGUGCCUGAUUUUGGUGGCGAUGUCCUAUGAUAGGUUUGUUGCAAUCUGUCGUCCUCUCCAGUACACUGUCAUCAUGAGCUGGAGAGUGUGCUUGGUUCUGGCUGUCACUUUCUGGUCAUGUGGAUUUAUUCUGUCUCUGGUACAUGCAAUUCUCGUUCUAAGGUUGCCCUUCUGUGGACCCAGGGAAGUGAACCACCUCUUCUGUGAAACUGUCCUCAAGCUGGCCUGUGCUGAUACAUGGAUCAACCAGGUGGUUAUCCUUGCUGCCUGUAUGCUUGUCUUAGUCGGGCUACUCUGCUUAAUGCUAGUCUCCUACAUGUGCAUCCUCUGGGCCAUCCUAAAGAUCCAGUCAAAGGAGGGCCGAAGAAAGGCCUUCUCCACCUGCUCCUCCCACCUCUGUGUGGUGGGGCUCUUCUUUGGCAUAGCCAUGGUGGUUUAUAUGGUCCCAGACUCCAAUCAACCUGAAGAGCUGGAGAAAAUACUGUCUCUAUUCAGUCUCUUUAACCCAAUGCUGAAUCCCCUCAUCUACAGCCUGAGGAAUGCUCAGGUGAAGGCUUCUUUGUAUAGAGUACUGCAGAAAAGACCCAUGUGA